CACACUCACACUCUCACACACACACACACACACACUCUCACACACACACACUCACACACACACACUCACACACACACUCUCACACAUACACACACUCACACACACAUUCACACACACAUACAUUCACACACACACAUUCACACACACACAUUCACACACACACUCACACACACACUCACACACACACACACACUCUCACACACACACACAUACAUUCACACACACUCUCACACUCACACACACUCUCACACACACACACACAUCCUCACACACACGGCACCCAGUUUCUCCUGUGGGAUGUGCGCAGCCACUGAGUGCCUUUCAGGCGCUGCGCGGGGCCCAGGCAUGGCCCUCAGCUGAGUUGGAUUAAGGGGCCGGUUCAGGCCUUUGCAAAUUCCUUCCGGCGGCUGCCCCGUCCCUGACACAGAGCCCAGCGGCCAGGGGCCGGGCCAGCCUGCCAAGGGCGGCCUGGGAGCUGGUCCGCCUGGCAGCCGCUCCCUCGGAAGCCCAGGCUGCCCCUUGGACAGGGGCUUGGGGUCAGGAGCGGGCCCUGGGGCUCAGGCUUCGGCAAGGCCUCAGACACCGCCAGCCCCGGAGCAUGAAGGGCCGCACAGACACCGUCCUGCAUGUGGAGUCCGCAGAGCCGAGCCAGACUGAGUUCUGCAACCCUGCCUUUGAGCCCGAGUCGGGGCCACCUUGCCCUCCUCCGCCCGCCUUCCGGGAGGAUGCCCGCCGUCGCACUCGCACGCCCUGGCACGGUUGGCGUCCCCGAGGGCUGCCGCCCGACUGGCACCUCUGCGGGCUGUGCGCCCUGCUGCUGGCCAGCCUGCUGCUGGGGCUGCUGGGGCUGGUGGCCUUCCUGCUGGCCCAGCUGCAGGCUGCACCCCCAUCUGGAGCCUCCUCUCCUCCGCUGCCCACCAGGGGCCUCAUCACCACUGGCACCCCCUCCACCACAGCCACCACCCCCUCUCAGGCACCGAGGACCCCUAAAGGGCAGCGAGAGGCAAGCCUGAGCCUCACACCCCAGGCCUCCUGUGGGGGCCUCCUCCUGGGACCACGGGGCGUCUUCAGCAGCCCCAACUACCCAGACCCCUACCCGCCCAACACCCACUGUGUGUGGCACAUCCAGGUGCCCGCAGACCGUGCGAUACAGCUCAGGAUCGAAGCUCUGGGCAUGGAGAGCAUGGCCUCCUGCCCCUUCGAUCGCUUGGAGAUCUCCCCCGAGCCGGAAGGCCCCCUCCUCAGGGUGUGUGGCAGGGAACCUCCCCCCACACUCAACACCAACACCAGCCGCCUGUGCGUGGCCUUCGUCUCAGACAGCAGCGUGGAAGGGCGAGGCUUCCAGGCCUGGUUCCAGGCCGUGGCUCCGGGGCGCGGGAGCUGUGCCCAGGAUGAGUUCCCCUGCGACCAGCUCGCCUGCCUGCCCCCUGGCUUGGUGUGCGACGGUUUCGCCCACUGCGCCGAUGGCAGGGAUGAGAGCAACUGCAGUGCCCAGGCCUCAGGAUGUGGGGGCAACCUGACGGUCCAGGGCAGGUUCUCUGCUCCCAGCUUCCUGCAGGGGCACCCCCGCCGCCUGGUAAGCCGGCGCCCCGUGGAGAGGGAGGGCGGCUCCGGCCAGUUGCCCACCCACUCCAGGCCUAGCCUGGACGCCCAGGGGGAGUGCCAGUCUGACCACGUGGCGGUGUAUGAGGCCAGCAGCGCGGGGGCCCUCGGCCUCCUGGGCAGGUAUCCGCAGCGCCAGGGGAGGAGCUGGCCCUGCCCUCCGUCCUCCGCAGUACCCCCUCCCUGCUUCCUGCCAAUUCACCCAACGUAUUCCCCCCUUCCUGUCCUCUGGCUCCUCCAAGCAGGAGGUGGCUGCACUGUCCCCUAAAAGGCCUGUGUUCCCACGGAGCCCUCCUGCCAGGACGAGGGGUGUAGGCGCUGGAAUUGUGACCCGUGGCGAGACUGUGCAGUGGGCAGCCCGGGCGAGUGCGGCGGCCCCUUGUCCCUGCCUCCAGAGCUGUCCUGUGAGCCCAUCUGAGUGGAGAUGUGCCUGGGGCUCAGCUACAAUGCCACAGCCUUCCCGAACAUCUGGAUUGGCAUGGCCACCCAGGAGGAGGUGAUGGAGGUGCUCAGAGCAUACGAGAGCCUGGCCCGCCUUCCCUGCUACCCGAGCUUCCGGAGGCUCCUCUGCGGGCUGCUGGUGCCCCGCUGCACCCCACUCAGCAGCAUGCUCCCCCCUUGCAGCUCCGUCUGCCAGGAGGCGGAGCACUGGUGCCAGUCUGGCCUGGCACUGCUAGGCACCCCCUGGCCCUUCAACUGCAACUGGCUGCCUGAGGCCACAGACCUGAACGCAUGUGCCCAGCCCUGACGCUGACUAGGCCCCUGCCCCCUGCCUGCCCAUCCUUUGCCUACCAGGGGGCAGGCCAGGGACCAAGGAAGGGGCUGCACGGGGCUCUGCGAACCUUCUCGGGGCCUCCGGGAAGGAGGAACCCUCAGCAGGCUCAGGAGACGGGGCCACUGUCCCAGCUGCUUUCUGUCCCUGCACCUCCAGCUGGCCGCUGGCCACCCGGCAGCUUCCCACCGAGCCUCUGACCCCCAUUUCCUGCCUCCUGCCUCCCCUUCCACCUGCGUCUCCAUCACCGGCCUUAACAGACAGAACAUUUUUAUUGACUUCAGAGAGGAAGGGAGAGGGAGAGAGAGAAACAUCGAUGAUGAGA